UCAGCGCGGCCGCCAUCUUGCCCCAUUGAUUUCAAUGGCGCUGGUCUCGGCCGACUCCCGCAUCGCGGAGCUGCUGGGGGAGCUGCACCAGCUCAUCAAACAGACGCAGGAGGAGCGGUCCCGAAGCGAGCACAACCUCCUCAACAUCCAGAAGACACACGAGAGGAUGCAGACGGAGAAUAAAAUUUCCCCCUAUUACCGGACCAAGCUGCGGGGCCUUUACACCACAGCCAAGGCGGAUGCAGAGGCCGAGUGCAACAUCCUCCGCAAGGCCCUGGACAAGAUCGCCGAGAUCAAAUCCCUGCUGGAGGAGCGACGCAUCGCGGCCAAGAUCGCUGGCAUCUACUCGGAGGCGGAGCCCCCCCGCAAGACCAUGCGCAGGGGGGUGCUCAUGACCCUGCUGCAGCAGUCGGCCAUGACCCUGCCCCUCUGGAUCGGGAAGCCGGGGGAGAAGCCCCCCCCGCUCUGCGGCGCCGUCCCGGCCGCCGGGGACUACGUGGCCAAGCCUGGGGACAAGGUGGCGGCGAGGGUGAAGGCCCUGGAGGGGGACGAGCAAUGGAUCCUGGCCGAGGUGGUGAGCUACAGCCAUGCUGCCAACAAGUACGAGGUCGAUGACAUCGAUGAAGAGGGCAAAGAACGUCACACCCUGAGCCGCCGCCGCAUCAUCCCCCUGCCCCAAUGGAAGACGAACCCCGAGACCGACCCCGAGGCCCUGUUCCAACGGGAGCAGCUGGUGCUGGCCCUGUACCCCCAGACCACGUGCUUCUAUAGGGCCCUGAUCCACGCGCCCCCACAGAGGCCACAGGACGAUUACUCGGUGCUGUUUGAGGACACCUCCUAUGCGGACGGGUACUCGCCCCCCCUGAACGUGGCGCAGCGCUAUGUGGUGGCCUGCAGGGAGAGCAGGAAGAAGUGACCCGAAAUGGGGCCAAAACGGGUGGAAAUGGGCAAAAAUGAGUGGGAAAAUGGGCG